AUGUUGUGGACUCUUCUUGUGGCUUUGAUUCUGCUGCUAUUGCUACACGUCCAGCUGUACGUCUGCUUGCGUGAGCUCAGACUAUCCACAAUCUCUGGGAUCUCUGUGAAACUGAAUGAGACCACCAGCACCAACUCUAGCCGGCGCCUACCUGGUGCUAUAAUCAUCGGGGUGCGCAAGGGUGGCACAAGGGCACUGCUGGAGAUGCUUAAUCUUCACCCUAAUGUUGAGGUAGCUAAAGCUGAAGUGCACUACUUCAACCUAGAUGAAAACUUCCGCAAGGGGCUGGACUGGUACCGUGCCCAGAUGCCACUCACCCUACCUGGCCAGGUGACGGUCGAAAAGACGCCUGGAUACUUCACAGCACAGAUGGCUCCGGCCAGGAUGUGGUCUGUGAAUCCAGCAGUAAAGCUUCUACUGAUUGUCCGUGAUCCCGCUGAGAGAUUGGUGUCAGACUAUACACAAGUCUUGCAUAACAGGAUCCAGCAAAACAAGUCAUACCAGCCCUUGGAGGAGCUGCUCUUGAGACAAGGGCACAUUAAUAUCAAUUACAAGGCCCUUCAAAGAAGCCUUUACCACCAACACUUGGCCCGAUGGCUCAAGCUCUUCCCCAAGGAACAGAUCCAUAUUGUGGACGGAGAGGCACUCAUCCGAGAUCCAUUUCCAGAGCUUCAAAAAGCAGAGAAAUUCCUUGAACUUCCACCACGAAUAACACCAGAUAACUUCUAUUUCAACUCCACUAAAGGGUUUUAUUGUCUGCUUUCUGCAGGGCAUGACAAGUGCUUGGAUGAAUCGAAGGGAAGGCCACAUGCACCUCUUAGUAACAAGGCUUUUCAGAAACUUUGUAGAUUCCUCAGUGUGCCCAAUCAGAUAUUUUUUACCAUGAUGGGCCGGACUUUUGACUGGUGCUGAUAAAAAUUUUACUGCAGAUUGUCUGCUAUAAAGGCUUCAGUCCACAAAUGUGGCAAUCAAACUAUACCGCAUACACACGGGUUUUACCAGGCAGAACUGCAAGGCCAAUCAAUAAAUCUAGUUGUAUGCGAACACAACUUGUUCUGAACAAGUGGUUUUCAACCUUUUUUGUCAGUUGUGCCACAAUAGAGACCAACAGUCAGUCAUUUAUGCAUAAUAAUGACAGGGCUAACGUAUAAAAAUGCUUCCAACACCUCCAUGUGUUGCAGGUUGAGAACCUUUACUAUAGAUCAUAUGUGUUUAAAUUGUUAAUACAUGUAAAUAAGACCGGUAGUAAAGGUCUAUUGAGGGACAUACUGGACAUUUUAGUAAGACAAAGUAUUGUGUGUACUUUAUAAAGCCCUUAAGUUUUUUUAAAUGACUGAAAGCCACAAUGUCAUUCAAUAGUUUUGAAAAGGUUUAACAUUUUUAGAACUAAUGUAAUUAUGUAUUUAAAUAUCUGAAUUACAAUUUUCUUAAAAGUGUCUAUUUUUUGUCUCCAUUUACAAAUUGAUAUUUUCUGUCUG